UGUAGAGGGCACUCGUAUAGUACGUAACUCCGUACAAAACAGUUGGGAAUCUGACUGCGAGACACUGCGACUGCGCCCGAGCAAUUUCUUUUCUCCGGACUUGUCAUCCCAUUUCCCCAGAUACUCUCUCUCUGUCUGUCUGUGUAAUAGCUCAACCACUGCUUCUUUACAGCCAUUGCAUCGUGGGUUCUUUCUUUUUGCUACUGCAUGCACGGGUUUCGGGAUAGACUUUUUCCAUUUGUCUCUCAUUGUACUACUGUUGACUAGAUAGAGUCUCCUUGUCUUUUAUCGCGGCGUCGUCGUUGUUGUGGUCGUCGUCGCCGUCGACCAGGAACUUUUCUGUGAACGCCCUGCGACCGACCGACCCACGUCCAAUUUCACCUCGACCUCACCUUCUACCUCUUUUCCUUCACUGCGUCGCAACAAAAGAGGACACGCAGCCUCAUUGCUUUUUCUCGGCACGACGAAACGACAUCAUCAUCGUCAUCGACGCAAGUCCUUGACCUAACCCUUUCUUCACAGUCCAUUUGGUUUUUGUUUAACAUAAAACAAAAGAAAGAGAGAUCGCCAUGGCGACCGUCAGUGAAGCUGUGAAAGAGUCCCUGCUCGGCACAACCCAGACCGAAUCCUUAUCGAGCGAAGCCAAAGCCACCUUUCUGAAAAACUCCAGACAGGGCGAUGAUGGCGAGCUCUACAUGAACGAGGAGGACUUUAUCAAUGCCAUUGCUCCCCCCGAGGAAGACUAUCACAAGAUAAAGCGAGAACAAUAUGGCAUUCUCUUCGGUGUCGCCGACCGACAUAAACGUGGCCGCGUCUCCAUGUCCGAAUGGGCCGCCUUUGACAACCUCCUUGCCAAGUCAGACGCAGAGUACGAGAUUGCUUUCAGACUCUUCGACGUCGAUGGAACGGGCUCGAUCAGAUCGGACGCAUUCCAGAAAAUCUACGAACAGAACCGGGGUCAAGACAGUAUCCCCUUUGACUUCAACUCGGAAUGGGCUUCGUUGUACAUUGGCGGCAAGAACAAGAGGCACGAGAUGACAUACCCGCAGUUUGCCCAGAUGAUGCGCGGUCUGCAGGGCGAGCGGAUACGUCAAGCCUUCCACCUGUACGACAAAGACAAGGACGGGUACAUUGACCCCGAAGAGUUUGAGCGGAUCAUCAGAGCUACUGCCGGCCAUAAGCUGUCCGACCACCUCCUUGAGAACCUCCCGACUCUGUGCAACAUCUCUACCGGUACCAAAAUCUCCUACGCCAAUGUCCGGGCUUUCCAGAACGUCAUUCGAGAGAUGGACCUGCUGGAUCUCAUCAUUCGCAAUGCCACCGCCAAGUCAAGCGAUGGCCGUAUCGACCGACAAGAUUUCCUCAACGAAGCAGCCCGCCUGACACGCUUCUCUCUGUACACUCCCAUGGAAGCAGACAUCUUGUUCCAUUUCGCCAGUCUCGAUCAACCCGGUGGCCGCCUCGCCCUGGAUGACUUUGCCAAGGUCCUCGAUGCCAGUUGGCAGACCGCCGGCUCCAAACUGAGCGCCGUCACCGAUGCUGCAGACCGCGCCGUGUCCAAAUCUCAACAGUUUCUGCAUUCCUUACUCGAGUCGGCCCACCACUUUGGUCUAGGCAGUAUUGCUGGUGCAUUCGGUGCCUUUAUGGUGUACCCCAUCGAUCUUGUCAAGACGCGAAUGCAGAACCAGAGAAGUUCACGUCCUGGUGAACGACUGUACGAAAAUUCGAUAGACUGUGCUCGCAAGGUCAUCCGAAACGAGGGUGUGAGAGGCUUGUACUCUGGUGUCCUGCCGCAACUGGUCGGUGUCGCUCCCGAAAAGGCCAUCAAGCUUACAGUCAACGACCUGGUCCGUGGAAGAUUCACGGAUAAGCAGACCGGUGCCAUUGCCAUUCCCGCCGAGAUUCUCGCCGGUGGAUCGGCAGGUGCUUGCCAAGUUGUCUUCACGAACCCUCUUGAGAUUGUCAAGAUUCGUCUUCAGGUCCAAGGUGAACUCGCCAAGAAGACCGACGUGCCAAAACGUUCAGCAAUGUGGAUUGUUCGCAACCUGGGUCUGAUGGGCUUGUACAAAGGUGCAUCCGCUUGUUUGUUGCGAGACGUGCCCUUUUCCGCCAUCUACUUCCCGACCUACAGCCACUUGAAGAGGGACAUGUUCGGAGAGUCACCCACGAAGUCGCUUGGCGUCGUGCAGCUUCUCACGGCCGGUGCGAUUGCCGGCAUGCCGGCAGCCUACCUCACGACUCCUUGUGAUGUGAUCAAGACGAGAUUGCAGGUGGAGGCGAGGAAAGGUGACGCAACGUACAAUGGUCUCGUCGACUGCGCGCGCAAAGUGUACCGUGACGAAGGUUUCAAGGCAUUCUUCAAAGGUGGUCCGGCCCGUAUCUUGAGAAGUUCUCCACAGUUCGGUUUCACCCUGGCCGCGUACGAGGUCUUGAGCAACCUCUUGCCGUACCCCGGCAGUGAAAAGGACGCCGGGAUGCACAUGGGCACGGCGGGUAAGAUGGAGCCCGGGGUCGGCCUUAGGGAGGCCAAGGCGCCCUUGCCGUACCUGAGAAGCCGCAACGCCCUGAAGAUUCUGCUCGACUUGGACAAUAACUUUGGUCAAGUCAAGGUGCCGGGUCGUAUCCCCGAAGGAGCCAAGUGGUUCGGCAAAGCUUCUUCUUCUGCUUCUUCUUGAGGCCCGAGAGAGGGAUACACGAUGGGGUAACGGAGUUCAAGGUGGCUCUUUUUCCCUUUGCCGGUGUGCCUCUCUCUGUGUGUGUGUAUAGAGAUAGAAUGGAGUCGAGCUUCUUUUGCAGUUGAGCUGGGUGAGCCAUUGUUUUUCUCCAUUUUGAAAGAGACAAAAGGAAGACAAAAAUUUCAUCAUCCGUCCAAUUGGUACUCCCCUUGACGACCUUUUGCCAUGACGCCUUUGUCUUGUGAUGUAUCAUUGUAGUGGUAGUGUAGGUAGGUACCUACCUUACGAGAAGGUAUAAUCGUGUGUGUAAUGUAUAAAUUGACACUGCCAUUUACCGUA